UGGCAAGGCAUCUCCUUUUUAUCUGUUUUUGGCGCGAAGACUGCACCCCAACUCAUUACCCUCCAAAGUAGGGUUUUACUUCAUUCAAAAUCAGCGUCCCUUUACUCCAUCCUCCAAACCCUAACAAAAAAAUGGAGAAAUUCUCAGGCCAGCUAGAAGAAAUCAGAACCCUUUUGUCUUCAAACACCAAAGCACACAAACCCUUUGCUUACUCAACCCUCUUACACCUCCAAGAACAGUCCAGUACCGAUCCUUCUUCGAUUCAAUUGCUCGCAGAUUCAUCACGCGCACUCCUCUCUCCCAUUCUCACAGACAUCUCGGAUGCCGACGAAGAAAUUGCUUCACAGGCUUUGAAGUGCCUGGGAUUCAUGAUGUACCACUCCUCCCUCGUUGUUGCAAUUCCGAGGAAGGAUGCUAAUAUGAUUGUGGAUUUGUUGGUUAAAGUCAUUCUAACUACCAAAAUGAAGUCCGUUUGUAACUUAGGAGUGUGGUGUAUAUCAAUCCAACAGUUGAAUCCAUUGUUUUUGGCUGAACACUUCCAUUCUUUGUUGGGGGCAGUUGUUCAUGCACUUGACAAUCCUAUUGGUUCCUUGUCAACAACAUUUGAAGCUAUUCAGGCUGUAAUGAAGCUAGCAACUCAGUUAAGUGAGAGGAUGAGAGACGUGUCAAAUAUAUGGGCUCCUCCAAUAUAUAGAAGAUUUGUCAGCAUUGAUAAAAGGGAGAGAGAUAUGUCAGAAAGGUGUUUUCUGAAGAUUAGCUCUACAAUAUUUCCUCCCACAUUAGCUCUCUCCAAGGCAGUCGCGAUAGAUAUGAAGAAAAAAAUGCUUCCUGGCAUGAAGGAGCUGCUGAAUAAUGGUUUGAAGAUUCAAACUAUGAAAGCAUGGGGAUGGUUAAUUCGCCUGCUAGGACCUUAUGCUGUGAAGAAUAGGCAUUUGGUCAAUGAAAUUCUGAAAAUUCCAGAGCACACAUUUUCUGAUAUAGAUCCACAAGUCCAGAUUGCCUCACUGGUUGCCUGGGAAGGUUUGGUUGAUGCUCUCAUUUUCACUCCAGAACGAGUACCUGAGAUAAAUACAGCUCCAGAGCAUUGCAUUCAACAAGUGAAGAAAUCUAUGGGGAGCAAUAGUGGAACCGAAGCAGAUGGAUUUUCGAAAAGCAUAAAGCUCAUAAUGACACCCCUAAUAGGAAUCAUUUCAAGUAAAUGUGAUGUGUCUGUUCACUCAUCCUGCUUGAACACGUGGUCUUAUCUACUACAUAAACUUGAUAACUUCGUGAACUGUCCUUCAGUGAUAAAAACUGUAUGGGAGCCUAUUUUUGAAGCAGUCUUCCGAGUUGGACCUGAAAGUAGGAACAUCUGGUCAUGGAAUUUCUGCCUAGAUCUGCUCGAUAACUUUAUUUUAGCAAGAAGUAAAAUUGUGGAUGAUGACUUGAAUAACCAGGUAAAUGGUCAUUCAUUAGACAAAACCCCUACCAACAGACCUCCAGUAUCUGGCAAGUGCUCACAGAUACAUUAUCCUAUUAAAUGUUUGCCAUGGGGUCUUAGUCAGUUGGACUUCUAUAUAAAGAUGAUUUACAUUAUUGUCACUCAAGGAUCAGCAGUGACUGUCCCCGCUGAAAUCAGAAGCUUGACAUGUGAUGCUGCCUUAGCGAUAUUUGGAUCUGUUCUGAAAGGAAUUCAAUCUGUCUUGAAGAAUCCAGCCAUUGAUUAUAAUGAGGUUAUGCAGUGUUUGAACGCAGUUUUAAGGUUCAUAAAGAAUAUACAUGAAAAUGUGACUUCAAAAGACAGUGACAUUGGUGACUUGCACCAUCUUUCCCUUCAGUUUGUAGAAAUUGUUGCUGAGGAGUUGGAACCUUCUAUGCUGGGAUCCCCUCUUUACAAAGUGGCAUUAGACCUUAAGUACAUUGACAACUUGCAAUCAGUUAUUGAAACUAAGAAAGCAAAGGUACUUGGUAUCUGCUUUUCAGUUUACAUGGAUAUGGUUUCACCAAUUGUUUAUUUAACCACACUCUAUUUCUGUGGGGUGUUUACCUUAGCUUCCGGUACGUCCAAAGCAGAGUUCAUAUUGCAGGGAGUGCACAAAUAUGUAAAGUUCAUAUUGUCUUCCUAUGAUCCCUUGGAAAAUCUCCACACCAUUUUUGGUUUAUUGUAUAAACACAUGGGAUUCAACUGCUUAAAGAUAUGGAUAUCAAUAGCAAAGAGUCUGAAAGACUACAUAGACGGUGUAAAGGAUUUUCCUCUAUUGAAACCGGAGCCUGGAAGUACUGGUCGUCUUGCAAUAUGCCAUCUCUUGUCCUACCCAUUUGUUGUAUGCUCUUGCCCUCAAAAGCAGUUGACCAUGGUGGAAUGUAAGGGCCCCCUCGAAUCAUAUCUCGUUUCCUCACAAUCACAAAGAAAGCUUGAGCUUGAAGAUGUUGUAGACGUGUGGAAGUCGCUUUAUGUCUCUGUUGAUCAGGCUUUGCAGUUUGAGAGUUCAACCUCAAAAAGAUUUGCUGAGGAUCUGACUUCAUUAUUAAAUGGGUGCCUAGUUGAUACAAGCAUGAUUGAGUGUGGCACUGAGCUUGAUCCAAGCAUCAACCACCAUGAUUUUGAUCUGCCUUCUUUAUAUGGCAAUGCUGUGAUAUGUGUUUUUGAACAUAUUCUGGCUUCAGGUGUAAGUUCUAGUGGAAGUAAAGACAAAGAUUGUGGUGACUAUAAGAGAUUCAGUGGCAUCAACAAUUGCUUGGAAUUUGCUGCUAGAUUCAUGAUGCUGUCAUGGACACUAGUAGAAACAAACCCACCAACUGUUCUUGUUCUGACUUCAAGGGUGUUCUCUGCAUUGGUGCGCUUUGUGGGCUGCCUUUACUCAAAGGGAGAAAUGCUUUCAUUUAUGCAGAUAAUAUCUAGUCCUCUGCUUCAGUGGCUAUCACAAAGUGAUGUACCAUACGGGAACAUUAAUCAUCAACUUCAACUCUUAUGGGCCAAAACCCUUAAUUGCUUACAGAGGAGUCGGCCACCAAUAAUCUUUGAUUCAUCAUUCCUUAAACUCCAAGCACCCCUCCUUGAAAAGACUCUAGAUCACCCAAAUCCCGCCGUCUCUGAGCCUACCAUUACUUUCUGGAAUUCCACGUACGGUGAGCAAAUCAGGUUAGAUUAUCCUGAAAGCCUACUCCACGUCUUAGACAAGCUCUCCAGAACCAGAAGACUAAACCUCUGCAGCAGAAGCCCACCAUUCUCUGAUAAAGUUCACUCUAGCGUAGAAGUAAUUACUGCUCCACAGAGAUACAGGGUGAUAGCAACACAGAACAGGAACUCAAAGAGAGUAGAAUUGGUUGAGGAUACAGUGAAUGGUCUUGAGCGCAAUGAUAAGCUGCAUUUGAGUUUAAAGAGAAAAAGACCGGAAUUAACCGAGCAUCAAAAGGAAGUUAGGCGAGCGCAGCAAGGAAGGGAGAGGGACUGUAAUGGACAUGGCCCUGGGAUUCGAACUUACACUGGUGUUGAUUUCUCUCAGGGGAAUGAGUCACAAGAGAGCCAGGAAAUCCGUAAUGCGGAAUCCAUCUUGGAGAUGCUAAGAAAAACCGGUUAACCUUUUGGAUUUCCAGCGCUUGUUUUACAUGUCACUUUCAGCUCACUGGGAUGUGCAGCCAAGCUAUUGAAUGAUGCUCAUCAUGCCUGUCUUUGUCAAUUUUAUGUGGUUAAAAUGUAAUUAAAUAUUUAUUUCAAUCUUUGUACGAUAUGUUGCAUAUAAAAUGGUUGUACUGUUGUGCUAGGCACCGUCAGUGUUAUUUAACAUAACUGUGAAACUGUUGAAUUAAGAUGGUUUUUGUAAACUGGAAGGUGAUGCAAGUGAACCAUUUUCAUUUCGCAAAGCAAUUUAUUGCA